GAGCGUUUACCAGCAGAUCGAGAAAGCCGGGGAUCGUGGUGCCUGGAGCAAAAGCCUCAAAGAUCAGACCAAGCUGCAGCAGCACACGAUCACCAAGGCAAUCAAGGAGUUGCUGAAGCAGCAGCUCAUAAAGGAAGUGAAGUCGGUCCAGAACAGGAACCGAAAGGUCUUCAUGCUCAUUGAUCUAGAGCCUAGCCUGGAGGUCUCAGGAGGCACCUGGUACAAGGACGGCGAGUUCAACUACAGCUGGGUGGAGACUUUGAGGGAGUACUGCCUCACCUUCAUGGACAAGAACCACGGUCGCCCUGCAUCGCAAGCUGAGCUUCAUCGCUUUGUGAUGCAGCACCCCGGUCCUCAAGUGCCUACAGAGGAGGAUAUCCUCUGUAUCAUGAAGACCCUGGAGUUGGAUGAGGAGGUUUCCUCCCUCGUCACCUCCGAUGGACAGCGGGUCUUUAUGCGCCGCCGGAAAGGUGGCUUUGACCAGCCCAUGGAUAUCUUCGCGGCCCGCUUGCCAAACUUCUUGCGGCAGGCGGAAGGAGAGGGCCGCCUGGUGGUACCUUGCCUCUGCUGCCCCCUUCGCAACGAGUGCAAGGCAGGGGGCCGCGUCUGCCCGGAGAAGUGCGAGUUUCUGACCAGGUGGCUGCAGCCUCCCGAGGACCCGGUCGGCAACGAGGAUGUCCUCAUGGACUGGUGA